CCAUAGUAACAGAUCCAAACAACUAAAGUGUGAAAGAUCUGUGAGAAAUAUAAAAUUAUUUUUGAAUAUUACUUUAGCUGUGAUGGAUAAUAUUGAUAAGCAAGAAUCUGAAAAUACUAAUGAAACGGAAACGAAGGAAAAAAUUUUAUCUACGCUUGAUGCAUCUUUAAAGUUAGUGUUCAUGCCUGAAGGAGCUGUGAAAACUGUUUCAUAUCCAAUGGACAAGCCAUUGAUUGAACUAAAGAAAAUGGUAGAAUCACAAUGUAUUCAAUCAUCAACGUCAAUUCUCUUUCUACAUGAUGGAAAUCCUGUUGAAAAUGAUUCUAAAUUGCUUGAUCUUAAUGUUAAUUCUGAUCAAACUACCAUUCAUCUUGAAGUACAUUCAGUGGAUCCUGUUAAUGUUCCUUUAAAAUUGCUAAAUGAUGCUGUAUUAACAUCUGCAAAAGAAAACAAUCAGUCUAAAAUGCCAGAUGUGCUGAUGGUACAAAUUGAUUCUGAAUUUGAAGGCUUAAAAAAUGAAGUUGAAGUUAAAGUUGUGAGAGAAAAAACCAAGAAACCAUUUUUAGGUGGAUUUCGUCAUCGUUUAACUGGAGUUGAAUACCACAAUGCAUCAGCACAAACUGUGCCAAAGAAACGAUUACCUCCUUCUGUAAAGAGAUUUAAUCGGGAUACUCAAACAGUAAUAAUGAAGAAUCAACAUCAGCAAACAACCAACACAACUUGUACACAAAUGACGAAAAAAGGCUGUUACGUGUCAAAUUGUGAAGAUAAAAUAAAAACGACGUCAACUUACAUAACAGCAGACGAACAUCACAAAAAUAUCUUAGAAAAGGUUAUUUUCUUGCAAUGUCAUUGGCGUAUAUGGUUGGCUAAGAGAUAUGUUGAAAAUUUACGUAAAGACAGAGACAAUCGUUAUAACUGGGAGAGACAGGAAAGUGAGAAGAGGAAAAAAGAAAAAGCAGACAGAAUGAAACGUGAUUGGGAAAGACGAUUGAAUCCGAGCAGUAAAACAGAUUUUGACUUGCUCUAUUCUGCAUUGGAAAAAUGGAAAAGGGAAGAAACAGCAAAGAUCAAUGAAAUGACAAGUGGUGCCGAAAGAAAAGCAGCUCUGGCCUUAUUACUUGAACAAGAAGCUUAUUUACUUGCAUCCAUUGGAAGACAUAAACUGAAGGCAAAUUUUGAUAACAAAGAAAAACGAGAUAAACAAUUUCUCAACAAGGCUGCAUCGCCAAAGCGUUGGAAAGCAUUUGAUGGCAAGAUCACAGAAAUGGAUACACCUGGUACCAUACGAGCACAAGAAUUACGUGACAUUUUCAAUAGUUUAAGUAUGAAGUACUUGACACAAGAUGAAAGAUUGGAUAUUUUAUUGACGGUUAAACAUACUGUGAAAGAACAUGAUUGUAAACUAACUGAGGAGAUUAUUGAACUUAUUGAUCGUGAAGCUGAUCUUUUGAUGAGAGGCGUAAAACAGUCAAAUGUGGAAGGUUUACGUCAGCGAAUCCUAACUCUUUUCCUACAAUAUUGCAAGACGCCAUUAUUUAAUCCUGAAGCUGCGAAAUUGCUCAAAGUUCCACAAGAUCCAUUGACUCUUAGAAAGAAAACUUAUCAUUGUCCAAGUUGUCAACAAUAUCUUUCUUCCACCGAGUUUCAGAUUGGAGCAAAUUCAAGAAAUGUUGGCAAAUGUCAUCGCUGUCAAGUUCUUGAUAAUGACGCUCGUUUACGUGAAGAUUUUUCACGAUAUGUCAUGAUUUUGGAGAAUCUUCGUCAAUCUGAACAGUUGUUUAAAGAUGGAUCAAAAAUUGCAUUUCUCCUUCAGGAGACUGAUCUACGUUAUCUUGUGGACAAUAUCUGGAGUUCACAGAGUGCACUAAGUGCACAAGACGAUCUUUAUGAUUUAGUCUUUAUUCGAUGGAAUAAACGGGAGGAGUGGUCGCCAUGGAACUGUAUUUUACUUACGAAAGAAGAAGCUUCGGCCCACGAGAAGUUAGAGAAUGUUAACGAGGCAUAUGGUCGAAUGUUUAUUGGCAAAGUUCUUCAUAAGCACGUAUUGGCCAGAAACUACUUUUACAAGCUCUACAAAAUGGCCCAAACUCUUCAUUCCUCUUUUCAAAAGAUCUUGUUGGUUUAAGUCUAAAUUCUACCGCAACUCAACUCAAAGCUUAAUGUGUAUAUCUCCUGGUGAACUAUAUAGAUGGAAAUCAUGUAAAAUUCUGUAUUACUAAAGCAGGGCUUUCCAAGCUGUGUAAAUAUUUAUAUAGUUUAUAAUAUAGUUUAAUAUCGUCGCUUUGAUUGGAAAUACGACAAUGAAGUAUUUAAUAAACCAGUCAUGACGUUUGA